GCAGCAUCAGUAACCUGAUUACUUGGAUUUUAGGAGAACAUUUUUUAAAUCUACUUUGCAUUUCAAGCCGAAUAUUUGAAAUGACUUAGUGCUGCUAAACUAGAAGAAAACCUCACACAUAAAACUACCACUGAAGUCCUGCGGAAGUGUAAAGGAAUAAUCUACUUCUAUCCACCUUAAGAUGGCUUGCAACAUUUACGAGGACCCAGAUCUCACCAUGAAAGUGAGCUACAACAAGGGAGCGAGAAGAAAAGGGUGGGAGAGAGAGGAGAAAGUGGUCGACAUCUACGAGAGCGCAGACAUGCUGACUGGCCCUCGACUAAAUCCCUCCAGGAAGGGCCGAGGAGCUCGGACUCAAAAGCGACCACCAGCUGUCCAAAGAAACUCGUACAAGGCUGCUGCACUAAUUUUGGGCCUACUGUGCCUCCUGUUGUUGGCGGGGAUUAGUGUGCUACUUAUACUCUAUCUGCCAAUUAGUUUGAAAUCCAAACAACCCAAUCUAACAUGUCAGAUCCAAACAAAAGAAAAACAGAACCAGAGCGACACAGAAUGGCAGGAGUUUCGUCUGUCACAUUUUUACUACGCGUCCGCUGAGAAGAAAAACUGGACAGAGAGCAGGAAAAACUGUCAGAGGAGAGGAGGAGAUCUGGUGAUAAUAAACAGCUUUGAAAAACAGAAGUUUAUUCAAAGAAUGAAGAUACAUGGAGAUUCCUGGAUUGGUCUUCAAACAUCAGACAAAUGGAACGUGAAAUGGACGUGGGUAGAUGGAUCAGAACCAAGAUAUAGUGCCUGGAAACAAGGAGUAAAUAUAAAUCCAGAGGCUGAGUCCAGAGGAUAUAUUGAUCAACAGGGACUAUGGAUGCGCAACAAAAAUGGAUUAAAACACUGGAUCUGUGAGAAGAAAAAUUAUUAAGCAUCUUGGUGACCUUCCUGCCUAACAUAUAAACUCAUUAUAGACAUAAUAGAUCUGAAUCUUUUCUCUCCAUAGAAUGAAAUGUGUUUUCUUUAUUAUCUACCAAAUAAAGCCAAACUUAUAAACAAUUGAAAGUCAUUUAAUUAUGUAAAAUGUGUUUAACAUUACUCCUGCAACAUAAUGUGGGAUUUAUUUGACUUACUCCAUCAUUACAUAUGUUGUUUUAAAGUAAUUUACAGGGAAGCAAAAGAACAAGGUAAAGACAUUUUUCAUUUAAAGUUAGAAAUACCAGAAAUAAUAAGACUAACUGUAGCCACUAUAAACAAAGAAUUACUGACACCAAACUACAUCCAAAUUAUGUUUUUGAGAAACAAUGACAUCAACAUGAAAUGAAUUUCCAAACAUUAGAUUUUCUGAUACAUGAGAGAUUUGUAAAUCUCAAGGCGUACCAGCCACA